AUGGUAUUCCACUCGUUGACUGACGCUCCUCGCGAUUUCAGGGAGGGUAUUGACUGGUUGGUGGCGCUGAAGGGAACUGAUGCAGCAAGCAAUUUGAAAGCUAUUAGUGACGCAGUUUACAACUUUCUCGUCGACAAGCCGGCUGGAUCUAGCAAGGUGCCGAUUUACAAUUAUGUUACGCUUAUUACUAAAGGGUUCUUGGAGCAAGAGGAGCUAAAAGACAGACGUGUCGUAGGACCGAUGCUGUGGACAUUCAAUAAGCCCAAGGAUCCAAAUUCUGAUUUCUCGAAAAAGUUCGUUAAAACUGUUCCUGAAAACGGUGGCAGUAAAAUCGACAGGAACGGCGGCAUCACCGGUGAAAACAUCACCGAGAAGUUGUCUAAAUCGGUGGAUGGUUGUGAGACGUUCUUGAAAAGUAUACAGGUACCUGGGCAGUACAAGUCUGCUUACAGCUCUAAAGCGACGUGGGAGGCAUCCUGCUCGGACAACCCGCAAGAAUGCGCAGCGGUAUUCGUGGGUAUUGCGCCCAUGUUAUACGCGGGGCUAACGUCCCUGUGGGAUGCGACUGACGCUGAUGCCUUUAGAUUGACACCGGAUAGAGCGAAGGCGGAUUUGGAAAACCUAUUGAAUGCUUUGCGUUACGUAGGACCGGAAUGCCGCGCUAGCAUGGGCCCUUCAGAUGUCGCCAAUGCGUUGAGGGGCGUGGAGUAUAAUGUUUUGGGUACGCUUGGCGAACUUUCAGAUUUUUGGACUUUCCAUGGAUUGGACAGUGCAGGAGUUUCAGAGGCUGAGAAGUACUACCGUAGCAAAUAUGUAUCCUAUCCGAUAACUGGAGGUGACAAUGGCGUUAAUAUGGGUUUGGUAAACGCCUGGAAUUCCAAGCUGGCUAAGAAGCCUGCCAAAACAGACAACGCACUCGGAUCGGACAACAUUUAUUAUCCUGGUAUGCCCACAGUGGCGAAUCUGAACGCUGCCAGCCCAAUUUAA